CUCUGCCUACCACACUUAUUUGAGCCAUUCACUCUCUUAUCUUCUCAAUCCUGCUCCAUCAUAAUCCCAUUACUGAAGGUCUCUCCAUGGCCUUUUCGAGGAAGACAAGAACUGCUAAGCAGAAACCCACUAAAUCCACAGGCCAACUCACCAUCAUCACCGAGCUCAUCAUCCCUGACCAUUUUCAAUGCCCGAUUUCGCUCGAUCUCAUGAAGGAUCCUGUAACUGCACCAACUGGCAUCACCUACGAUCGCCAGAGCGUAGAGAAAUGGCUAGAAAUGGGUAAAUCUACUUGUCCUGUCACAAACAUGGAGCUCACAGUAGAAGACCUCAUUCCUAAUCACAGCAUACGAAGAAUGAUUCAGGAUUGGUGUGUUGCAAAUCAAUCUUAUGGGAUCGAGCGAAUUCCAACACCUCGGAUUCCCAUCAGCUCAACGGAGGCCUCUGAGAUCCUCUACAAUAUCUCCUUAGCCUGCCAGAAUCGGGAUGGCGAACGAUGCCUCGAAUUGGUUGGGAGAUUGAAGUCUUUAGAGAAGGAGAGCGAGCGAAAUCGACGCUGCUUAGUAUCGAACGGCGCCCCGAUCGUAUUAGCUUCUGCAUUUAGAAUGUUAGUUUCUCAAUCCCUCAAGGUUUUGACAGAGAUCUUAGAAGCAUUGGUAGGCCUCCUACCAUUCAAUGAUGAGGUCGUACUAAUAGAAUUAGGAUCAACAUCAGAAUCACUCGAUUCAAUCAUAAAGAUUAUGAAGCAUGGAGAUGUUGGAAGCAAGCUUAAUGCUGUGCUGAUGGUGAAGAAGAUGGCGGCAACAUCCAAAGCUAUUGCUGACAAGAAUGGCUUUGUGGAACCACUAUUAGAAUUCAUAAGAGAGCCUGUCUCAAUGCAGGCCACCAAGGCCUCCUUGGUGGCUACUUUCUACUUCAUCACCGAUGACGAAAGGAUAGCAACCGAGUUUGUUAAAAUGGGAUUGAUUCCACUGAUCCUCGAAAUUUUGAUCGAGUUUGAUAAGAGCUUGAUUGAGAAGUCGCUCGCAAUUCUGGACGGAUUGUGUGACUGUGAUCUAGGGAGAGAGAUAGCUUGUGCAAACGCGCUUACGAUUCCGGUGCUUGUGAAGAAGCUGUUUCGAGUUUCAAAAAUGGCGACCGAGUUUGCGGUUUCAGCAUUGUGGAAGCUCUGCAAGAAGUGUCAAGGGAAGUGUUUGGUUGAAUGCUUGCAGGUGGGAUUGUUUCAGAAGCUGCUGCUGCUAUUGCAGGUCGGUUGUGGCGAUUCGGCGAAGGAGAAGGCGACUGAGAUGUUGAAGAUGAUGAGUGGAUGCAGUGAGAAACUGGAGUGUAUAGACACAGAGAACUUCAAGGGGUUGAAUAGGCCCUCAAGUUGAUUUUUGUAUUGGUGAUACUGUAAGUGAAAGAAUAUUAUUGGAGUUUCUGGUAUCUGAUAAGCAUACUUUGUAUAGAUUAAAAAAAAAAACUGAAAGAAAUUGGAAAAUUUCUUUCUUCA